UAGUUACGCGAGUCUAUGUUUAUGUAAACCAUGAGCUCUAUCGACAUAAAUGAGCAAGCACUUGAGAGGUACACGCAAGCUGUCGACACAAGAGUUCUAGGCAUGAAUGUCUCAGACGUACCCCAACUUGAAAAGCGUGCAACCGAUGAAGCCACUGUGGGCAAAGAAGUGGCCGCAAUUUCUAAAGCAUAUGAAACUAUUUUGAGUAAUAUCGGAGAAGAUAAAGACCGCCAAGGGCUACUUAAGACCCCAGAAAGAGCGGCAAAGGCAAUGCUGUAUUUCACGAAAGGUUACGAAGAGAAAGUUCAAGAGAUUCUUAAUGAUGCAGUGUUUGAUGAAGAUCAUGAUGAGCUAGUCAUUGUCAAAGACAUUGAGAUGUUUUCUUUGUGCGAGCACCAUCUAGUUCCGUUUAUGGGGAAGGUGCAUAUUGGAUAUUUGCCAAACAAGAAAAUUGUUGGAUUGAGUAAGCUAGCAAGGCUUGUUGAAAUGUUUAGCAGGAGAUUACAAGUCCAAGAAAGGCUCACCAAACAGAUUGCCAUGGCGAUUGUCGAGGCUGUCAAUCCAGCAGGAGUGGGUGUUGUCAUAGAGGCAAAACACAUGUGUAUGGUGAUGAGGGGCGUGCAGAAACCAAGUAGUGAAACAGUCACUAGUUGUAUGUUAGGAGUUCUAAGAGAAGACCCUAGAUCAAGGGACGAAUUCCUGACUCUCAUUCAUAAAAGAAAAUUAUAAUGAAAUGUAACAUUCUAAAUCAAUUUACAAUCAAUGCAUAAUGUUCAUUUAAAGUUUUUUCAUGAGUGGGAAUAAAAAUCAUCUUUUAUAA